CGGCGAGAUUGGCGCGGGCGAAGAAUUUAUUCGCGUAAAAGGAGGAGUAGAAGGAGGAAUCAUGAAGGACCCAGUCUGGGUAGAUAAUAAUGGUCAAACGUACAGGCCUGGAGUGAAUGCAAAUAGAAUCGAGGUUACUGUUUCUGAGGAUUCGAUUAUACUGGAAAUAUCUAAAGAAGCUAAAGUAAGACUGGGAAUAACGCGACUUACACUGACAGCAGGCUUAUUUUCGGAGAAGGGAACGUACUGUAGGAAGCAAAGCGUUGGAGUUGACCUAUUAGAUGAUAUCGAAGAAGAAUGUCUGACAAGGUGGGAUGUGGCAGAGUGUGACAAGAGAAGGAGCUGUAAGGAUUACACCCAGGAGCGAACCUGGUCCUGUUAUUGUGACGAUGUGUUAGCUGACAAAUCCAAUUGCACUGCUCCAGACGAGAUACUUACCUUCACUUGUCCUGCUACUGCAGACUUUCAGGUGGGAGAAUUUGAUGAAGAGGAGGAAGUUUGUCUGAAAGAUGACCAGUGUUAUCCAUACCCAGUAGAACUAAAAAGAGCUUGUUACUGUGAGGAUAGUAAUGGUAAACAUGAUGAUUCCACUGGUGGUUUGUGUGGAAACGAUCAAUUAUCUAUGCUUCAUUAUUGCAAAGCAACUAAACCAUGGGUCGUGGGUGAUUGGCAGAAUGGAGAAUGCGAGACAGAAUCCUGCUACUCCUCAGAAACUGUCGACACCAGAGGCUGCUACUGUGAUGGUAUGAACGACAGGAGCAAGUGCCCUGAUGAUCAGUUAAAAAGAAGCAGGGACUGUCCAGCGACAAAUGACUUCGAGUGGGGAGCCUGGACUCCGGAGAUCUGCAUUUUGAAUGAUAGAUGUUACCCUGAAACCAAAACUAAGGAUAGGAAAUGUACCUGCUCAUACUACGGACAAAAGAUAAAUGACGACUCACUCUGCGAGGGGGAGUUCGAGCAAUCUUACACCUGUUCUGCUAACCUUGAAUGGCGAGCAGAAGAGAUAGGAAAUCCUUGUGAAGAUUCAGAUGAAGUAUCAUGUAGCGCUUUUACUGCUUUCCAGGAAUACAGGUGUGUCUGUGAACACGAAAAUAUCCUGGUAAUAGACGAUGACUUGAGUCUGUGUGAUGCUGUUCAAGCUACUGAAGUCGUCUGCGCGGCAAAUAAACCAUUUGAGUGGUCGGAGUGGGUGCCGGUUUCAGAGUGCAGUGUCUGUUACCCAGAACUAGACCAGAGUAUGAGUAGAACAUGUACUUGUGGAAACAAGGUUGAUCUUACCAGGUGCCCAGGACCCUCCAAGAAGUCUGAACCAUGUCCAGCUCCCAAAAACAUUGUUUGGCUACCCACAGAGUGGAGUGAGAUUCCAUGUGGUGAACCCUCCUGUAAUGAGGAAACUUUCUCAUACAGGACACGAGAUUGUGAAUGUGAGGGAAACAAAGAUAACAGACGUUGUGGUGAUGUGGAUCUGUCUGGAGUUUCCUCUUGUGGUUUCGCUGAUUACGUACUAAGUGAAUGGAGCGAUGACAUCUGCGACGAGAAAAAAUGCAAACCUUACUCUAAAACCAAAACCAGGUCCUGUGUAUGCCAAGAUGGUGAUGGAUCUUUUACUGAUCUGGAACAAUGUGAUACUGGAGAGGAGGGAUAUAGUGAGGAGUUCCAAUGCGAAGGAGAUAGCUUCGAAUGGGGCGAGUGGCAGUCAAGAGGUUGCCCGGAGAGCUGUUUUGCGUCAAAGACCAAGCGAUAUAGAAUUUGUGCGUGUCAUGGAAAUGUUGAUUUCAAUUUUUGCCCCGCUGGGAAUGCUAUUGAGUUCUACGAUUGUCCAGCCUCCAAUUGCUGAGAAAUGUCGAUUUUUACUAUG